CGGGCAGUAAGCAGAUAGAGAAACUGUUGCUUCGGACGCUGAAUGUCUCGCGUGGACGGCGAGCGUCGCGGCAUAUCCUGAGACGCCGAUAUGCGACGUCCAUCUACGUCGUCGCGACGGUUACGGACGCUCCGCUCCUGCUACUGUUCGAUGUAACGCACGACACGUGUUCGCGGUUGACGUGCGCUCGUGUGAAUGUGAUGCGGUUGAUCGGAUGUGAUCUCGUGCAUUUAAGGGUUUUUUGUUGUUUUUUCGUGUCCUGCAGCAACGUUUCAUUCCAGAAUGACCUAACAAUGCAAACGUAUAGUUACAUCUCAACUUAGCGACCUUUCGAACACUAAAUGUUAGUGACCUACGACGAUCCGCGACCAACGAACAAUGACUUAAAACGAACUAGUGCCGACGAUGCGGAAGUGAUGGUAAAAUGUUGGACAUUUUCCGCGGCCUCAAAUCGCUCGUCCGCGUCAGUCACAUCCACAUCGACUCGCCAGUCUUCCGACUGCACCAUUCGAUCACCGUCUCGAUCCUCAUCGCCUUCAGUCUCAUCGUCACCACGAGACAGUACGUCGGGAACCCGAUUGAUUGCAUCCACACCAAGGAGAUUCCCGAGGACGUGUUCAACACCUUCUGCUGGAUCCACUCGACGUUCACGGUGUCCACGAACAAGCAGGAACCUUACGCCAAGAUGUACCUGCCCGGGAAUCCUGGGAUAAGGACGACGCACGACGAGAAGGAGAAGAAGGUGUAUCGGUAUUAUCAGUGGGUGUGCUUCUGCUUGUUUUUUCAGGCGAUGCUGUUCUACGCACCAAGAUGGCUGUGGAAAUCGUGGGAGGGCGGGAAGAUUCACGCUCUCAUGAUGGACCUAGACGUAGCGGUUUGUACGGAGAUCGAGAAAAAGCAAAAGAAGAAAUUGAUGAUCGACUACCUGUGGGAGAAUCUAAGGUAUCACAACUGGUGGGCCUACAAAUAUUACUUCUGUGAAGUCCUUGCCCUUGUGAACGUUGUUGGUAUGUAA